UUAUUCAUCACGCUCUAGCUGGCCAUGAUGAAUGCUCCCUUUCUUUUAUGCUGUGCUUUUGCUGUUAUCCUCUGCAUUGCAAAUGCAGCUGAGCAGCACAAUGAGGAUACGGUAGCCAUGACCAAAGCCGCCGACCUUGACACCGGAGGACUCAGCAGAGAGCUCUUUCCGAAGGGGUUUGUAUUCGGAACUGCCACUUCUGCAUAUCAAGUUGAAGGAAUGGCGAACAAGGAUGGUAGAGGGCCCAGCAUUUGGGAUGCUUUCGUCAAAGUACCAGGCCACAUUGCCAACAAUGAUACUGCUGACGUGGCUGUUGAUCAGUAUCACCAUUACAAGGAAGAUAUAGAUUUAAUGGCAAAGUUCAACUUUGAUGCAUACAGGUUUUCUAUUUCAUGGUCAAGGAUCUUUCCUGAGGGAACCGGAAGAGUAAAUUGGAAAGGAGUUGAUUAUUACAAUAGGUUGAUUGACUACUUGAUUAAAAAAGGCAUUACUCCUUAUGGCAACUUAUACCACUAUGAUCUCCCUCUGGCUCUUCAGGAGAAGUACAAUGGGUGGUUGAACCGCCAAUCUGUAGAGGAUUAUGCCAAUUAUGCGGACUUCUGCUUCAAAACAUUUGGUGAUCGAGUCAAGAACUGGUUUACAUUUAAUGAACCAAGGAUUGUGGCUGCUCUUGGCUUUGACAAUGGCAUCAAUCCCCCUUCAAGGUGUUCCAAGGAAUUUGGAAAUUGCACAGCUGGAAACUCUGCAACUGAGCCUUAUAUUGUUGCCCAUAAUUUGAUCUUAUCCCAUGCUACAGCAGUGAAACGAUAUCGUGAGAAAUACCAGGACAAACAGAAAGGCAGGAUUGGAAUUCUCUUGGAUUUUAAUUGGUAUGAACCUCUCACAAGAUCAAAGGCUGAUGAAUAUGCAGCUCAAAGAGCAAGAGAUUUUCACGUUGGCUGGUUUCUGCAUCCUAUUAGAUAUGGUGAGUAUCCAAGAACAAUGCAAGAAAUUGUUGGAGAAAGGCUGCCAAAGUUUACUAAGGAUGAGAUUAAGAUGGUGAAUGGCUCAAUGGAUUAUGUGGGCAUCAACCAAUAUACUACUAGCUACAUCUAUGAUCCAAAACAGUCUAAACCAAACGUCACAGGCUACCAGGCAGAUUGGAAUGCAGGUUUCGCCAAUGCAAAAAAUGGAGUGCAAAUUGGUCCAAAGGCAAAUUCUUGGUGGCUCUACAUUGUACCUUGGGGGAUGUACAAAGCUGUGACUUAUGUAAAAGAGCGCUAUGGGAACCUGAACAUCAUUAUUUCAGAAAAUGGCAUGGAUGAUCCAGGAAAUGGUACUCUUCCAAAUGCAUUGAAUGACACCACAAGGAUAAAUUUUUUCAAGGAUUACAUGACUCAGUUGAAGAAAGCCAUUGAUGAUGGAGCAAAUGUGACAGGCUAUUUUGCUUGGUCAUUGCUGGAUAACUUCGAAUGGUUAUCAGGAUACACUUCCAGGUUUGGCAUUGUCUAUGUUGACUACACCACCCUCCGCAGGUACCCUAAGAUGUCUGCCAGCUGGUUCCAAAAACUACUUGAAAAGAAGAAAUGAGUUGAAAACCAACUUAUGGAUCCCAAGGUUGGCAUAUACAAGGCUCCAUAUAUAUUGAGGGGUUUAAACUAAAAAAUGAAAACGAGUAAGGUGGGAGAGGUUACAUUGAAAAAUACAAAAUAGUUGGUAGGGUAUAGCUCUGCUCUAUGCAUUGCAGAGUAUACCUUUAUUUUGAGGUUAUUCGUUUGUACUCUGGAUUUGGUUUGAUGCCUUUCUUAGUGAUGAGAUUAGUAAUUCCUUACAA